GGAACUCCCGAUUUCGAAUUCGCAGCUUCAGUCAGCUCGUAAGCCUGAAGCCGCGCGGAGAUACUUUUCGACAGCAUUCCCGAAUCGUCGCCCCGAUUGCUGUCCCAUAAAAAAGGGAUAAAACUGCCCAUGAGUUCCCUUACUGUAGUAAAAGAAAGAUAAUUACGAAUACAUGUGCUUGAAAAAUAAGACUCAAAGAUAAGACAAGAAUAAAAUUUUCUAUUCCAUCCCUUUGCGAAUGGUCAAUUAAACAUCAAGGAUAGUUAAAAGACCCUCCUUCAAACCGAAAAAUGAAACAGUGAAUAAAAUGAAAAUACUUGUAUUUGUAGUGAAUGAACUUUUGGCAUCGUAAAACAAAAAUAAAACAAAACAAGUUUAAAAUUGCUACAUGGACGUGGCGACAAACUGAACAGGAUUGGAAACUUCCGGUUCCGCAGAGUGCUUCAAUUUCAGUUAAAUGUCAACUCUAACCAAACCCAAUUGGCACGAACAUCCAAGAAAAAUAAAGUGAACGGCUAAAAAAAGUGUUCAAUUAAUUGAGCCACCCGUUUGACCUCCACUUGGCUGUUCGAUUCUAGUUUUUUGUCGCAUCCCCUUCACUGCACUCGAAACAAAAUAAAAAGGAUCCGAAGAGAUAAAAGCGUGCUAUUGCGGGAGGACAGGGAUAAACUGCAUAAAUCAACGCCACUGCCAAAGCCAAGAGCAACAAUAACUGGAAGCAAUUAAUUUUAUUCAAACAAGAGCAACAAUAAGGACGCCGGCGAAAAAAUGGAUUACGGCUGGCUGAUGUUUCUGUUCAUCGCACUUUUAAUUGAUUGCCCCAUUGCAUCAGCUCUAUUUGUGACAGACAUAAGUGUCCCGGAAAUCGUAGACUUUCGGGACAAUGUUACGUUAUCCUGCAGCUACGACAUGCGAGGUCACACUCUUAACUCUGUUAAAUGGUACAAGGAUCAUGAGGAGUUCUUUAGAUAUUCUCCCCUGACGAGUCCGAUUUAUAUGACGUUUGGUGUUCAAGGACUGCAGGUGCUAGAUGGAAAAUAUUUAUGCAACGAAUCCAGCUGCAGACUGGACUUGAGUUUGCAAGGAGCUAAGUCGACUGGCGUUUACAAAUGUGAAGUUAGUGGCGAUGCUCCGCAUUUUAAAUUGGCCGACAAGGCCGACAAUAUGACGGUGGCAGCCCUACCUCAAAGCGAUCCGCUAAUAGAAAGUUUUAAUUCAAUGUACCGCAUGGAAGAGUUUCUUAGUGCCACCUGCUCCUCGGACUAUUCCAGUCUGCCCACUCGGCUUACCUGGUACAUUAAUGGCGAACAGCCCCUUUUGGGUGAGCUUCAGCCAUCAAUUGACACAAGCAUUCCGGCCCAUGAUUACGUUUUGCGGCGCCAAAGGCUGCAAGUUCAUUUCUAUCUGCAAGGACAACGCUUUUUCCAGGCCGGAAAGAUCCUGGAGCUCAAAUGCGUGGCGGAAAUUGAAAAUUAUCCAGAGCUAAGGCGUGAGACGACACUCAGUGCAUCCUUGUCGCAGUUUGACAACUUUAACAAUCAAAUGCCGUUAAGACACGCAAAUACAAAUUCGGGAGCGAGACAAAGGAAUAGUCUUGGUGGCAGGACAUCAAUAAUUUCCGCAAUCCUGGCGGUAAUUUCUUUGCUCCAAUGCCUGUGGCGCCCGUCAUGAACACUCAAAGCUGUAGGGAAAUUUGGGGAUUAAGUGAAAACUGUCGAUUUGGAAUGGAAAUUGCCUCGUUUGGCAACUUUGUCAACUAUAUCAUCACGUUAGUUAGUCAGUCAGUUAGUCACUAGUUAGAUAGUUAGGUAGGAUAACAGACAAAGGUAAGACCGUGACUCUAGCCAAUAGAAAAAGCUUUGGGUUGCCUAGUGUAAAUACGGUUUGAGGUGCAAGGGCAAACCCAAGGAAUAAAGUGUUAAAAUUUAUACAUGCUAUAGAAAAAAAUAGUGUUAAGUGUGCAAUUUAUUUAAAACUAUUUAUUCUUUUCCGGUUUGUUUCGUAAAAAUUAAAUUUUUAUGAAAGUAAAAUAAAGAAAUGAUAAGCCUAACUAAGUUAAGGGGUAUAAAAUAUGAAAUUUUUUCAUUUCUCAUUUCGUUUAUCCACUGCGAAGUUGUAAAAAACAAACCACAAACGUUUAUGUUUAACACAAUCGUUUUAGAAAACACCAUGUUAUCACUUUUCACAUUGUGAAACACUCAUAUUAUAUACUUCUUUGUAGUAAAAAUCAUAUUUUUCGUGUAAAUGAAUUUUUUGUGUCAGCUUUGCUAUAACAACUAUUCAGUAAAAAAUGGGAAAUUUAUAUUCCUUCGUAUUGCAACUGACGGGGAAAAAAAACUGUAUUAACUGCCUGACUCUGAUACUAGCCAAAAUAAGUCCCUCUCCAGCAAACCAAUCGAAUUUCGAAUAUAUGUAUAUAGGCGUAAUUUUUUCAAUUGCCAUUUGGCAAUUGAUUUUCAUUCGUAGUGCACAUGAAACAUUUUCAAGCAAAUAUAUUCGCGCACAUCACACCACACACCAAUGAUAAAAAACACAACGCAAACAAAUACUAUACAAUAAAAAUAAAUGUGAAAAAAUAAAAACAAAUAUAAUGGAAGAACAUGAGAUUUUAUCAGCUUAAAACGAAAAGGCAGACGCUGUAAAAAUCACUAUAAUUAAGUCUAGCAUAGCCGUGCUGUAAAUAUAAUUUUAAACAUCCAAAACAGAGAACACACAACUAUUAAAUAAAUCAAGUCGCGCUGCCUGGCUCAACUAAAUACGAAUGUAUAUAAAGCUAUUCGCUAUAUAUCUCAUGUAUUUACUUAGGCAAGUGGAAAAAACCGAACAGCAAAAUAAUAAUCAGGCAGAAACGAUUUAUUUAGCUGGGCGACCAUAAAAAUAACACUAACUAUUAUCCGCUGGGUCAGAUCCCUAUAAAUACAGCCACAGUAAAAAGUAUUAAGCAAAAGUAUUAUACUACAGUAUAAUAAUGAUAUGAAUCCUGAAUUUCGUCUGAAAAUGUAUCCAAUUAAAAUUAAACUCAGAGUGUGUGAUGAAAAAGCAUGGAAAUUAUAAAGCAUAAAUGUAUAAAUUAAUUUAUCUACUCAUUCGCACAUCUUUUGGUUGUAAAGAAAAAAUACACGAGAACAAAAUAAACGUGAGAAACUAAUGGUAAUGUAUAUAAAAGCAUUUAUUUUAAUUUUUUGGUCCUUUUGGCGAGUGGCCAUUAAAUUGUGUAAAAUAUUUCAAAAGCGAACUGCAAUGCAUUUGUUUUUGUUUACCUGCUGUUCAUGAAAAACUCAAAUAAAUAAGAUGAAUAAAUAAUUCAAUUUAUGGC